AUGGACAAGGGAAUGGGAGGGCACGGCAUGGGCAUGGGCGGCGCCGCGCCGGCGCCAGCGGCAGCGCACGGGGGCAUGCGGAUGCACUACAUGCACAUGACCUUCUACUGGGGCAAGAACUCGGAGAUCCUCUUCCACGGGUGGCCCGGCUCCAGCGGCGGCAUGUACGCGCUCGCGCUCCUCGUCGUCUUUGCGCUCGCCGUGCUCGUGGAGUUCCUCUCCACCUGCCGCUGGCUCGAGAGCCACAUCUCCUCCCGCGACCGGCCGGCGGCGGCGGGGGCGGCGCGCGCCGCCGUGCACGCGCUGCGCGUCGGGAUGGCCUACGUCCUCAUGCUCGCGCUCAUGUCGUUCAACGUCGGCGUGCUCCUCGUGGCAGUCGCCGGCCACGCGGUGGGGUUCCUGCUCUUCAGGGCCGGCCUGUUCGGCGGACAGGCGCAGGUGGAGGACGGGGCCAAGGACUACCUGGCGCCGGCGGCGUGCUGCUAG